AUUAUUUUGAAAUAUUUAACAACGAUUUUACAAUCAACUGGACAAAUUUUGAAAGUCUAAAUUUAACAAGUCAAUUGAACCCACUCACUCAAACCGAAACCACUUCUCAAUAAAAAACAUGAAGAAACACCCUCGACAGCAAUCUCGACGAACUUCUUUUGGGAUCUGUGAUCAAAAUACCAAUUUAGAUGAUAUUAUAGACCGAUUGCUUCAAGCACCAACUAACUUGUCGGGAGCUAAUCUCCACGAAUACGAAAUAUCCUAUGUGUGUAUAUUAGCACGAGAGAUAUUGCUAGCUCAGCCCUCACUUUUGGAGCUGGAAGCGCCUGUCAAUGUGCUCGGUGAUAUUCAUGGGCAAUAUCAUAAUUUGUUAAAGUACUUUAACUCAACUGGUCAUCCACCGUUGACAAAAUAUCUUUUCCUUGGCGAUUAUGUGGAUCGGGGUAAGAAAUCCAUUGAGACGCUCACCUUGCUGUUGGCCUACAAGGCGCGUUAUCCGGACAGUUUCUUUCUACUUAGAGGCAAUCACGAGAGCUCUAGUCUGAAUUUAGUCUAUGGCUUCUACGAUGAGUGCAAGCGGCGCUACACCAUCAAAUUGUGGCGAACCUUUGUCGAUUGCUACAAUUGCUUGCCCCUGGCGGCCAUCAUCGAUAAAUCGAUCUUCUGUUGCCAUGGCGGACUAAGUCCAAGCCUCUUUGACAUGGAUCAAUUGCGUAACAUUGAAAGACCCUGCGAUGUACCAGAAACUGGUAUAAUUUGUGACGUGCUAUGGUCGGAUCCCGAUACCGCACGCAUUGGUUGGGGUAACAAUGAACGUGGAGUUAGCUUUACCUUUGGUGCGGACGUAGUCAGUGCGUUUCUCUUGCGGCACGGUUUCACAUUGAUUUGCCGUGCCCAUCAGGUGGUCGAAGAUGGUUAUGAAUUCUUUGCCAAGCGUCAACUGUUAACCAUAUUCUCGGCUCCCAACUAUUGUGGGGAAUUCGAUAAUGCUGGCGCCAUGUUGUGUAUCGAUAAAAAUCUUCUAUGUACAUUUCGUAUACAAAAACCAUUUAAAAAACACCAUCCUCAAAGUCAAGAAAAGAAAAUAUAGACCAAGUAUAUAUGUAUAUAAAACUAA